GAUGGCAACUUUUACAUUACACCAAAUCGUAUUACGGUUCACCGAUCCGGCUACAUUUGGAAUUGCAUCAGUUCAACUUGAAUUGUUAUUAGCGACAAUAUUGUUUCUUUCUCGCGAAGGAUUUAGAUGCGCUUUAUUGCGAGGAGGUGAUGACACUAGCAACGUUGACGAACUCGCGAGCCCAUCCGCGGAAAAAGUUGUGUUUGCUAAUAGCAGGAGAGGAUCCUUGCAAAAAAUCACGAACAUAUCAUGGAUUCCGAUACCUAUUGGAAUGCUCACAACUUUCCUUGCUUGUGCAUUCUACAUAUUUUAUGCCACCGAAGAAACUCUGGCGGCUCCAUAUUAUGUGACAUCAGUGGUUUUAUACGGUCUGUCAGCCCUCGGGGAACUUAUGAUCGAGCCAUUAUACAUAGCUGCCAUGAAUAAACUACUUUUCAAACUACGUGUUGGUUGCGAAGGAGCCGGUGUGAUUGUGCGUUGCGUAAUUACACUCGCGCUUACACUUUUAGGCGCACCAAAAAAUGGGGAAAAGGGAGAGAACGCAUACGGAAUACUAGCAUUUUCUGUCGCGCAAUUUGUUUAUACACUCAUAUUAAUGACAGGUUACAUAGGAUACUUCUUAUCUAGAUGGGACAUGAGUUUGCUGAUUCCACGGAAACUUCAAGAUGAGAGAAAAAAUCAAUUCUGGUUUGAUGCGCAACUUUUCGGUCUCGCCAAAACAUUUACAAAACAAUCAUUGUUGAAACAUGUAUUAACUGAAGGGGAUAAGAUGUUAAUAACGUGGUUAAGCAACACAUCCGAUCAGGGAAUCUAUGCAUUUGUUGUAAACUAUGGUUCUUUGAUCGUUCGGAUCUUAUAUCAACCUCUUGAGGAAACAGGUCGUACAUUAUUCUCAAAACUUUUGACAGAUGUUGAAAAACGCGAUGAAGAUUUUGAGGAUGCAAGGAACACGGCAUUGGUCACCUCACUAAAGAUCUUGACGUCCUUAAUUAAAUUUCACAUUUUACUUGGGCUUUUAUUUAUUGGGCUAGCAACAAAUUAUACGGGGACCCUGAUAGACCUUAUGGUAGGCUCGGUAUGGUCACAGUCCCCCGCCCCAUUGGUCUUAUCGGUCUAUUGUGCGUACAUCCCGAUCAUGGGGGUUAACGGUAUUACGGAAGCUUUCGUGGCUGCGGUUGCGACAGAAAAAACACUCAGUACGUUAAAUUAUUGGUUGAUAGCAUUCUCAGCGGGAUUCAUUGGAGCUGGCGUGGUGUUCAUGAAAAUGCUAUCAGGCGGCGCUGUUGGAUUAGUUGCGGCAAGCGCAUUCAAUUUAUCGACACGUAUCACGUGGAGCUGGCGAUUUAUUAGGACCUACUUUUUGAAAAAUCGGGAUGGCUCCAAAGCGAACAUAGACGAAUUACGUCGAAUGUUAUCGAUUUCAAACAUUAUCCCUAAGCCUUUAGUGUGGAUAGCUUUUACACUUAGUUGGAUAGCUACAUUCUGGUCAAAUCAAUAUAUUGGAUGGGCAACCUUGGAUGCUAAAAUUAAACAUAUCUCCGUUGGAUGCUUUUGUGGUAUAAUUUCUGUGGGAAUAACAUAUUGGCAAGAAAAGAAUUUCAUACGUGAGGCAGUUAGUCUUGUAUUUGCUACUAAUCCGAAAAUGCAUAAGAAUUACGGAGCGUCCGAUGUAGAAGCAUCGAAAGUUGGAGAAGAAAAUGAAAAAGCAUCUAAUUUUUCUGCGAUUAUAAAUAUCAUAUGUGUGGUGGCUGGAUCAGGAAUUCUUGUCAUUCCCUACGCUAUUCAAUUAGGCGGAUGGAUAUCGGUGAUCUUUUUAAUACUCUCGGCAAUAAUGACGGUCUAUGCAAACAACAAACUUAUAGAGGCUCUAUAUCUGAACAAAUAUCCGGAAGACAUACCCGCGCACGUUGCUUUAAAGAGAAAUCCGAAAGGGAGAAGAAAUUCAUUAUUAGAACUAGCGUAUGACGCAUAUGGGAAUAUUGGAUAUUACACCGUUGGAAUAUUCUCUAAUACAUUCUGCAUUG